AUGCUAUGUUGCAUUUUAGCUGAGGAUCCCUUGUCUAUCUGCAUAGCAUGCACUCUGCAGUCAUGCCUCAACAAGAACACUUACAGUCCAGAAAAAUGCGAUCAACAUUUGCGCACCCUUUACAAGUGUUGCCAAUCUAUGUAUAAGCAGACAGAAGGAAAAGGGGACUCUUCGGCGUGCCCCAUGCCUAAUGUGGUGAAGAGGUGGUUGAAGACUCAUGGGGAGGAUGUGUCCUGA